UUUAUCAGCUGAUUGUGAAGUUUCACGUGGGAUUAUUAUCUAAUGGAUUUUAAAGUUUUACAGAUACAAUAAUUAGUGUUAUGGAGGUUUUAUUUGGCAUUGCGUUCUUUAUUGUCAUAAUUACGCUAUGCGCUCUCGCUUUCGUAUAUUUUACUUUUCGCGAAUUGCCCGUAUUUCUCGACGAGACAUCUUCAGUAGUUGUAAUAAAACUUAUUGAAGCUAUUAGAGAGGUUUGCCCUGUUGGAAGCAAUAAAGGAUGGACAUUGUUACUCAAUCAUUUUGGAGCUCGUUGUUGGAGUCAGAUUCUUCCUUUUGACAUUUUAGGCAUUUAUCCAAUUAUAUAUGGUAGUUCUGUUGUUGUACAUUCUUCUGCCACAUCUGUUUUAAACAUUGUUGCCGAUCUCGCAACUUGGAAAGAAUGGUAUCCAUCUAUUUCGGAAGAGAAAAAAAUGAGAGCCGAAACAAUACCUGAUUUAAGGUUACAGUCUGAUGAAUACAUGCAAUGUGAUAGAUUAGUGAUAGAUAAGUCUUCCUCUUCUCAAGUUCAGAUGUAUCGGUUUGCUCACGUGGAGAAAAAUGGUGUUGGAUGGAUUCUUUUUUGGCAAGUUCAGAGAUUAGACUGGUGCUUCUUCCUUGCUCAACCUGUAGAAAAUAUUUGGGAUGAUCAUCCUACUCAAUGUUUACUCACUGGCAUACAAAGUUUUAAUUAUCGCAUUCAAAAGAAGAACAACAUUCCAAAAGAACUUGUUCACAAAUUACUCAGUAUUAAAGAUACUGUAAAGGAAUUUCACUUGAAAGCCUACCCAUUCCAAUCUUUAUCGUCAUCAAAUGAAUCACAAGGUGAUCCGUCAGAAUACAUUCACAUCAACGAUCAAGCUCAUAAAUAUUUAUCUAGCAUUUCUUGCAAAUUACUUCAGAAAAGAAUACCUCGUUCACCAAUUAGAAGUUUACAUCAUAAAGAAACUGAUGUUCUCACUCUUGUACCAUUUGGUACUGCCAGACCUGUCACUGUAUACAAUCAUAAAGGUUUUGUGCUUUUCCGACAACCAAAAUCGGAAUCGUUUCCUUCAUCUCACCAUUCGACUCCCAGACACAGACCUAGAAUAAAAAAUGAAUUAAGAUCACGCAGCGGAAGUUUCAGUUUGAAACGAUCAUCCAAAGGUCAUAUUAUAAAACAAAGAGCUUUAUCUGCAGAUGCUAGGAUGCCAAAUUCUCCUAUAUCCAAAGAUUUCCCAAAUUCAGAAAGCAUCUAUUCCACACCAAUUGAAUCACUUCUGGAAAAUUCUAAUGUUACUUCUGGAAAUGCAAGUAACAGUACAUUAUCAAAACUUGGUAAACAACAAAGUGAAAAUGAAUCAAAAUGUAAUUUAGUGCCUCAACUGAAAGUGUAUUCUUCUGAUACUGAUUCUUCUAGUAAUGAUGAAACAACAAAGUCUAAAAUUCCUCAAGAAAUGGAAAGUUUAUCCGAUUUUGAAUUACUUUUACCUCACUGCAAUUCUGAAGAUGAAAUGAUAGAUUUUAAAACAAAAGGAAACUUGUGUGUGUCAAAUUUAUUAGUCGAGGUAAUUAAAGCUUCUGUAAUUGAAAUUCAUAGUCCUCCUGAAGUACAGAAAUCUGCAUCUGGUGGAUGGGUGUUUGAGCGUCAAUAUAAAGAUGUUACAGUAUUUAAUAAAGAAUGCCCAGUAGGUAAUUUAUUUGCCAUAAGUUAUCUCAGUAAGGCAAUUAUUCCUAUGUCUCCAAAUCUUGUGUGGUCGGCACUUCGAAGCCCAUUAAGUAGAUACAUGUAUGACGAAACUAUAAAGAAAAUAACAGUCCUUCAAGAUUUUCCAAAUGGUCAGAAAAUUUUGCAUACAUUUCAUGAAUCUACAACAUUACUGAAAAAAGAUACACAAGAUUUCUGUCUGCUUCAUACUGAAAGAAUGGAAGAUUCAAAAUUAAUUGUGGCUGUUCAGUCAGUGGAAUAUGAGAAGUGUCCUUUAAUGGAGGAUGUCAUCAGAGGAAUGUUAUUACCAAGUGGUUGGAUAGUUGAAUCAUAUGAAAAUGAUGAAAAUUGUUGUGUUGUUUCAUAUUUAAUUCAAAUAUUAUCCAACAGUCCGGACAAUCUGGUUUUAACCGAAAUUGUCAACACACACCCGCAAUGUAUCAUAAAUCUUAGCAAUUAUUUAUCUACUAAACCUCAGUAGUAGUAUUUUCUAUAACAUUUAAUUCGCUCAUCAAAGUACGAUCACAUAGUAAGCAAUUCGUGCCAUUAUUUGUAUUGCUUAUAAGAGUGAAAAAAAUGCAAAUAAUUGUAUGUAACUUUUGUAAUAUAAUAUUUAAAAACAUACACAAUUUAACUUACAUCAACUUUUUAAAUUGAUAUAAAAAGAAAUUAUUAAGUAAUCAUUAGUCAUAGUCGAAUUUGUUGCUGUAAAUAUAACGAGCUUUCGCUCUCUUUUUCGCAACUAUUUUAUUUUUGCAAUUAGUUCCAACGUAUAUAAAUAUGUCGCAUUCCAAUAUAAAUUUUGAUUUUCUCCUAGGACAUAAAUUUCUUUAAAGGUUGUGAUUUUUCACAUAAACUUUGAAAUCUUCCUUUCUUUUUCCAUAUACAGUGCAGUCUGACUAAUUCAAAGACUUGCAGAAUGGUUUCUGCAAGUCCAUCAACUUGUGAUACAAGUCCAAACACAUUGUUUGUGAAUACAAUUGUAAAAUUGAAAUUCAAAAUAUUAUAUUAUUAUUCAAUAACUUUAUACUAAUAAAAUACUCUGCUUUAUUUAUAUCAUAAAUAUGAUAUAUUUAGCAUAGGGAUAUGGAAAAUGGCCCGAGAGUACAAAGUGCUCGAGUGUCAAACAAGUGGUUCUUCGACCACUAACAAUAUAAUGGAAGCUUCUGGAUUAUCUCACAUUUACAAAUGGGUGGAUAUACUGCCAGAAAUGAUCCAGCACCAAGAGAGAUGCAUUACAAAUGCACCUAAGAUCUGAAUUUUUAAAGUAAGAUAUAUGAAAUUUAGUAUUUUAUCAAUAUACGGACGCCCGUAGUUAGUCGUACCGUUUAUUGCCACGUACCGUACACCCAAAUGAUUCGAGUCUCUUCAUAUACUCUCUCAAGUUAGUCAGAUAGCACUGUUUUAUAAGAAGAAAUUUUUAGGAUUUAUUGCACUCACAAUUUACAGAUU